UUAAGCACUUAUGAUGAGGAAGAAUUUCACAACGCUUUCAACCACAUUAUUGGCAAAUUAAUUAUUCAGCAGCACUCAAAAUCAACAACUACUUGCCGGAUUCAUGUUAAUUUUUAAAAUAACACAUUUAUGAGGCAUAUUUUUCGCAUUUCAAUUUCAAUUAAAAUGCAACUUUUAUUUUUAGCCACUCAAUUAGCAGAAUACGUACUGCAAUACAAAAAUUACGCCCAACCAAAAGAGUCAGAGGUAGCGAAGCAGAAAUCAUGAGUAGGCGACGGAAAUGCAGCAAAUUGUUGGAACUCGAGAAUGAGCGUGUAGAUGAGCACGGUGAUGAGCAGCACUACAGUGUUAAGCUAAAAAAUGUGGUAGCACAGAAUUUAUGCAACAAUCCAGUAUCGGCAUUUCUCGCUACACUGAGCAGCAUCGUUUUCUGGUGCAUCUAUUGGUUGGCUAAAGCGUUGAUUGUGUUCGCUGGAGUGUUCAUGAUUAUUACAUUCAUAUUUCCACACAAAUUCAUUGGACUUCUCAACCGUUUUAUGGAUAAAACUAAUGUGGAGCAGUACUUCAAGGAUGAAUUGUAAAUUAAAUCAUUUAUGUUCAAAAAUCUCAAGAAUAUAUUUUAAAUGUG